AUGGCUUCAUCUUCAACGGUUGGGCCUACUGAUGGCUCCAGUUACAAACCCAGAUACAUCGAUAUCGGUAUCAACCUCACAGAUCCCAUCUUCCGAGGCAAAUAUCACGGCAAGGAGCGACAUCCCGAUGAUCUCGAUGCCAUCGUUGGGAGAGCCCGUGAGGUUGGUUGCACAAAGCUUAUAGUGACCGGCUCAGAUAUCGGUAACUCUCGAGAUGCCCUUACCCUUGCCAAAGAUUAUCCCGGGACCAUCUUUGGAACUGCAGGCAUUCACCCCUGUAGUAGCGCCGUCUUUAGUGAAGCAGGCCCUUCUCAUGAGUCCGAGCACACAACGCCAUGCGAUCCUGACCCUUUAGCUCCGGUCUCGGAAGAGCAUCCUCCUUGCUCAACAAAGACUGAGAAGUUGAUCGCUGAUCUCACAUCUCUGGUGACAGAGGCUCAGGCCUCAGGCCAGAAGAGCCUUGUCGCCAUGGGCGAGUUCGGCCUUGACUACGACCGUCUGCAUUACUGCUCCAAGAGUAUCCAACUUCAUUCAUUUGCCGCCCAGCUGAAGGUUGCUGCUUCGAUAUCUCCCCAGCUACCAUUGUUCCUGCAUUCUCGUGCUGCUCAUGAUGACUUCGUUAGGCUCUUAAAGGAGGCAUUUGGCGACAAGUUGGAAAGGUUGGAGAAGGGUGGUGUAGUGCAUAGCUUUACCGGCACAGCUGAAGAGAUGCGCGAGUUGAUGGACCUGGGCCUGUACAUUGGUAUCAACGGGUGCAGUUUCAAGACUGCUGAGAAUUGCGCCGUUGUAAAGGAGGUUCAUCUCGACCGUCUUAUGAUCGAGACUGAUGGGCCUUGGUGCGAGGUUCGACCAAGCCACGAAGGCUACAAGUACUUGAUCGAAAAGAAGGAGGUACCUGUCCUCGAGAAUAACCAGAAUGGGGCUGCUGCUGCUGCUGCUGUCGAGCCCGCACAGAAACAACAAAAGCAGUCCAAGAAGAACCAGAAGAAAGAACCAGAGGUGCCAGAACGAUAUAAGAUCGUCAAGAAGGAGAAGUGGGAGGAGGGAGCCAUGGUUAAGGGGCGCAACGAGCCCUGCAACAUCGAGCGCGUUGCCAAGAUCAUCGCAGGUAUCAAGGAAGUCAGCAUCGAGGAGGUUUGCGAGGCGGCUUGGAAGAACACCGUGACAGUAUUUGGAAUUGAAGAGAAGUAG